AUGCACUCCUUACUCUGGACCACGGCAUUUUUAACAGCAUGUGCUGUCGUUCAUGCUGCCAGCCUGAACGAUGUCUGCACAUCAUCCCGUGUACAAACAACAUUGCCUGCAGCAGGCUCCUUUCCAGGCAUCACCAUUGAUCCAGACUCGGUCGUGGUUAAUGCUGUGACCAAUGCUGCGGUCGUGAACCAGGCGAUGUUUCCAAACGCUGUCUUCGACUACUGCAACGUUUCUUUCGCAUAUUCGCAUGAUGGCAGAAACGAUCAGGUGCUGCUUUGGUAUUGGCUACCCACACCAGAGAAUUUCCAACGUCGUUUUCUGUCAACUGGUGGCGGCGGGUACGCCAUCAACUCAGGAAAUGGCUCCCUUCCAGGUGGCAUCAUAUAUGGAGCGGCGGCCGGAGCGGCGGCCGGAGCUACUGACGGCGGAUUCGGCGGCUUCGGCACAAACUCUGAUGUAGUUAUCCUGCUUGCCAAUGGAACUGUUAUUGCGAUACCCUGUAUAUGUUCGAAUUUCUUCAACAUGUCCAACCCCAAGCUCUACACCUAUUAUCGGGGCUAUUCUGAAGGUGGCCGUGACGGUUGGAGCCAGCUCCAGCGAUUCGGUGACCUACUCGAUGGCGCUGUUACCGGUGCGCCGGCAUUUCGUUAUGGUCAGCAACAAGUCCAACACCUCUACUCGGGCGUCGUGGAACAAACCCCGGAUUAUUACCCUCCUCCCUGCGAACUCCAAAAAAUCGCCAACGAAACCAUCACCGCCUGCGAUCCACUGGAUGGUAAGUCUGAUGGAGUCGUGGCCCGGACGGACCUGUGCCAACUGCACUUUAACAUCAACACCACGAUUGGCAUGGCUUACUAUUGCCCGGCCAAUGAGCUUGGAAAUACAUUCCCACCCGCGCCCCCCGUCGCCCGAGCAGAACGGAACAGUGACAGCUCAAGGGAUGGCCGUCGCCAAUGCGAUCCUCGAUGGCCUGCACGACUCCCAAGGCCGUCGCGCCUAUUUCUCCUAUCAGCCGGCGGCUACUUUCGCGGACGCACAAACGGCAUACGACAAUACCACAGGUUCUUGGGGUCCGCCGCGGGCGGCAAAAUCAUCAACUACCACGGCGAAUCCGACGACAGCAUUCCCACCGCCUCGUCUGUGCGAUACUGGGAGUCAGUCCGCAAUAUUAUGUACCCGGGUCAAUCGUACAAUGAGAGCGCUGCAUCAUUGAAUGAGUGGUACCGUCUUUUCCUGGUCCCCGGAGCCGCGCACUGCUCGCCGAACACGUUGCAGCCGAACGGGCCGUUUCCGCAGACGAACUUGGCGGUUCUGAUUGACUGGGUGGAGAAAGGCACUGUGCCGACUACGCUGAAUGCGACGUAUCUUGGGGGUGAGAACCUUGGACAGAAUGCGCAGAUCUGUGCUUGGCCAUUGAGACCGGUUUGGACGAAUAAUGGGACAACGAUGGAGUGUCAGUACGAACAGGCGUCGAUUGAUACGUGGCAUUAUAAGAUGGACACGUAUAAAUUGCCGCUAUACUAG